AGGGCGCGGGCUCCGCCUCCGCCUCCGGCCGGGGUGGGAGAACGGGUUGAUUGGGGGCUCCCCGCUCCCCCCCUCCGACCGGACUCGCGUGCCACGUGACGCAGCUGGCGGGUGCCCUCGGAGGGGGAGAUGCCCCGCAGGAAGAGGAAGCGAGCUUGGACUACUGAACAUACGUCCUUCCCAGAUGAGACGCCUCUGGAGUUUAGAAAAGCAAAUGUCAGGACAAAAGUGGCUACUUCUUCCAUUUCCAGUGCUUGGCUCAGAUGUGGUGAUGGAUUUCAGAGCACUUCUGUGCUGCAGACUACAGAAUGUACUGAAAAGAAGUCAAGGAUUAGUAAGCAUCUUGGGUCACUGCUUACCUCUUCUGAAGACACACUUGUAGGAAUCUCUAUAUCUAAGAACUCGAGAGAGCCUGCAGACAUCGUGUGGAGCUCUAGUGACAGUGAUCUGUCAGAGGAUGAGAAUAAAACAAGUUUGCCCAAUCCAAAAAGUCAUGGCUUCAAAGGAGAGAGAUCUUAUAGCAGGCAUAAUUUAUUGUUAGAGGACAAGAGUAGUGAAGGUGAACCACAAUUCAUUGACUGGGAGAAGGACAGUGAUUCUGUUGAUGAUGUAGGUAGGUCUAAUGGAUCAGAAAAAGAUUACAGCCCAUUUGACAUACUGGAUGAAGAUUCCUAUGCAAGUAGUCUACCUGGUGAAGAGAAGGAAGAUGAACCUUGUAAGAUAACCUCUACAGAAAUUUCUGAAUAUUCAUCUGAUAGUGAAAAUCUGGAAGAUGAUCAGGUGGAUGUGGAAACUAUUAAUUUAGAAUUAACCAAAAAGUUACAAUCGAAUUCUGAAAUGGAUUUGGGGCAAGCUACAGGAAGAUCUGCAAGUGACUGGUUAAAAUCUGCCCAAGCUCUUCUGCAGACUCCUAAGAAACAACCAGACAAGUCCUCUAGCACACCAGAAGAUUCUGCAAAGAAGAGAAAAUUGCUGAGGGGAGGGCUAGCAGAAAGACUGAAUCGACUGCAGAACAGAGAGAGGUCUGCCAUUACCUUUUGGAGACAUGAGUGCGUUUCAGAUUAUAAAAACCCUUCAGAUAGCAAAUCUGGUGUUUUAGUUGUGAAGAUCUUGGAGGUGCAUGAGGAGUGCACUAUGCAAGUUGCUGUCUGUCAGCAGCUGGGACAGUUUUCUGCUGACAGCUCCUUGGAAGAUGCUGUAACCCAUACUGAGCCCAUACUCAAGGUUCUCUUUACAAAAGAGACAGCAGGCCACCUCAAAGGAGGCCCACAAGACAUCAUCCACAUCUAUCCUCCCUGGCAGAAACUAAUUCUCCAUAAUGAAAAUGUCCCAGUUAUCAUGAAUACAUAUUUUAGUCAGAAAGUGUUCUUCAGAGAACACACAGAAAUAAAGAAUAAGAUGCAUUGUCCAGAGCAGUUGCUUAUUAGAAGAAAUAUUGUAUCUUUGGCACAAAUAUUCAUCCUAAAUGAUCCCAGAGACAGUGCACCCCAGCAAUCUGCAGUUAAUCAGAUUGCUUGUACCAACAUGACUACUCCAGCUAUGCAGACUCAUAACAAACCUGAAUCCAGACUACAGCCGUUAGCAUUCAGUGUCCUACAUGACUCUCUGCUUGAAGUGGUGGAAAACCAGGGAGCAGCUGGCUGGAAGGGAGUGCAAGUACGAGUGGUCAUCCAAAGGGUGUAUUAUCUGCCUGCAAGAGAAGGUUUCAGAUGUCAACCUCCAGGGAACAAUUCUGUUCUUCCAGCACCCUUUUUAAGUUCAGAUGGGCCAAAUGUUAGAUUAUGUCUCCUUGUGCAAGAUGUCUAUGGAAUUUUCAGUGAAGUCCAGUUCCAGGUCCCAUGUUCUACAGACGGGAUUGAACGACAUAGCAGGAGAUGGGAAGGGAAAUCCUACUGCCUAGCUAGAACAAAAGUUUUGCAGAGAACCACAAGAGGAAGGGCAUUGGAACUCUUUAGUCUGAUAGACAGCUUGUGGCCUCCCUUAGUGCCUCUAAAAGUUCCUGGUCAAAGUCAAGACUGUGAAGCGGCUACAACCAAACUUCCUCCUCCAAGCUUCUGUUAUAUUCUUACUGCACAGCCUGAUCAAAUAUAUGUUGAUGUAAAUGAGGAAGAACAGAUCUCUAAUUUGUACGUGCCCCCAGCUGUGCAUGGUCUGAGGGAUGUUCUUGAGGUUGGAGGUUUUAAUCAACGUUGUAGCUUUUGGGCCCAGGUUAUAUAUCAAAGGCUGCAGGUAAAAUAUAAUGUUCCUGCGACUCAAAGGGAGUUUUGGUUGUUUGUGACUGACCCCACGCUGCAGACUGGAGUGGAGGAGAGUUGUAAGCUUCCUAAGACUGUACCUGUCUCUGUCACUGCCUCCUGUGUUCUUGAUAAAGAAGUGAUGGAUGCACUAACCAGCACAUCCCACCACAUACUCUUCUUCAAGGAUGCACUGCAAGGAAAUGGUAGGAUUAUUUGUGUUGAACGUACCGUUCUCUCAUUACAAAAGCCCCUUUUGUGUUUGGCUGCUGGUGCUGACCUCAGUGAGCUGACUGGCCCUGUCGGACUAGAUGAGCUGGAUUCUACAACGCAGGCUGAUUCCAUUUGUACCGUAAGAGGCACUAUCACCGGAGUUAAUGAGGGCGCUGCUUUCUCCUGGCCCACGUGUAACAGAUGUGGCAAUGGAAAACUGGAGUAUUAUCCACGGGAUCGGGAAAUGUUGUACUGCAGCCACUGCUCCCAAGCUGUAAUUUCUCCAGUUCUCAAAAUGCAGCUUGAAGUCUUUCUGCAUUGUCCAUCCCGACCUCAGUGUAUGGUAAAAGUAAAGCUGUUACAGAAGACAAUUUCUUCUAUCCUGAGGUGCUCUUCCAGUGAGGAUGAGAGUUAUGAGGUGAAGAGAGUGCUGGGAAAGGAGGUGGGGUUAUUGUGCUGCUAUGUCCAGACUGUGACCAAUCACCCUAGCUGUAUCAGAUUGGAAGAAAUUGUCCUUCUAGAACCAGGAAGAAAUUGAACUGAACCUUGUCAGCUAUUAUAAUAUCUAUGGACUUUGUCAUGUGGUUAUUUGUUAACUAUUAGCAUAGAUAAUAAUGCAAGCAUGAUAAGUAUUAAGGUAGUUUAAUAAAACUGUGAUUUACAAAAUGCCUUAUUGCUGGAAGUGAAUACAGUUCAGUUUUUUGAACAUUUAUCUGCCUAGCACUUCUGAUGUCUGGAACUGAAGAAUAUCUUUUUGCAGUGUUCUAUUCUUUGUAAACCUAAAAAGUCUUGUUUUGGAGGCCUGGAUGUUUGUAAAGAGAAUUACUGCUGAUAUUUGUAUAAUGAAUGUUAAGGUGAUGCUGUAUGUAUUGUGUGUCAAGGAAAAUACUUUAAAAAUGUUCUUUGAGAAUAGUUAUUUUAGCAUAAACAAUGAACAUCAUUCUAUCAAAUUGGAGGCUUGAAUAAUUAUUUCCAGAAGGCUUAUGCACUCCUGCUAGGAAGGAGCUGCUGUAAUUCUGAAUUGUAAUUGCACUGCACUAAAUAUUACAAGUGAGGAAAUUGUAAUAUCCUUGGUUACCUUUUGGAUGGUGUGUCAAAGGUACGUUGCCCCUUAUAGUUAAACUCCUUUCUAAAUAUAAAACUACUGUUGCAACUGCCCACUAAUUUCCUAUUAGGUUAAUGUUUCAUCACACAUAUGGUUAGUCUUAAGGAUAAAGAACUGGUUCAGGUGAAGCAUAACGGUAUUUUCUGAUAGCUACAUUGUCUGUAAAUAUGGAAAGAAGUUUAGGUUGUAACCAUGCCUAAAAUAGUAGAUAAACAUUUGCAUCUACAGAUUGAAAUGUGAUGUAAAGCUAGAUGGACCAUGUGGGUCUCUGCAGACCAGAUUUUUUUUUCAAAACUUGUGCAGCAUGUGGUACAUUUACCAGCAAAAUAAUAUUAGAUCAGUUACAGGGUAACUGUUUCUGCACACUAAAUAAUUAAGUAGUACUGUGACUGCUGAAUAGCAAACCAAGUGGCCAUUUGUGUGGACCAGGUGUGUGAGUGGUAGUCAGCCACAUGCUACCAGGUGUGCAGGCUGUGACGAGAACUGUUUUGGACAGGAAAGCACUACAGCUUGGCAAGGGUGCUUGUAGCAUAAAACCCACACCUGCCAUGUUCUUAACAAGUGGGCUUCCCAGUAUGGGGGCCUAAAAGG